GCGUCCCCAUCGGCGAGGUGGAAGACCCGUGCACUUGCUGCAACCUCGUCUUCCAUGCCAAGGAUCACCAGGGCAGCGACUUGGUCACAAUCGACGGCGGCUGCUGUCAACUGGGGCUUUGCUGCCCCUGUCCAUGUGGCCCCUGCGCGGAGGUGAAGUUCGAGAUCCAGGAUCCCAGUGGACGGCAGAUCGGCGAGAUCAUCAAGCGGCUCUCCUGUUGCAAGUGGAUGAUCCAAGACGACGUGGACAACUACCGCAUCGAGUUCGGAGAGGUCGGUCAUCCAGCUGCAAAGCUUAUGGUCAUGGCUGUUGCCAUCUUCAUG